AUGAUUCCAUCGUUGCGAUCAUCGAUGUCCACACGGCCCAACCUUCGGGCCCAACGGUAUGCCGUGUCGUUCCUUGAAGACGCUGUGGGUUGGCUCAGUCAGAACAAUCCGAAGCUCAAUCCCUUGAGCAGGAAACCAUCCGAGAGGCUGUCGAGCUGGUGGGCAGAGGAACGCCCGAGAGCACACAACGGAACGAUGACUGAAGAGCCUCUGGGCGAUCAGUCAAAAAGACGUUCUUCUCAGAACAAGAAGCAAAUACAAAAUGCAAACGAGACAAGCCAAAGACACGGAUCAUCAACAACCGCCUUCUCGUUUGCCGAGCACGGGAAGUGUGGGUUUUCACAAACCUGUCAAGGCAUCACCACGGGGACAGCGGCACCCGCAAUCACAGAGAGCGAUGAAGCAAGUCGUGGCAGCAAAAAGAAGCCGUCAUCAUCGUCUCGUCUGGCAAGCACCGGAAGUUUGGAUUUGCAUUCGGUCCCAGCCAGAAAGCCGACUGGUCCAGGGGUUCCCUGGUGCUUCUCAGAGAGCUUGUUGGCUCUGUUUUGCAAUGUGAACAACAAUGGUAGGAUCGAUUUCGUCAACUGGAAGCUGUCCGGUAUCGCACACAGUGACGGCAACUUGGGGCGCCGCAACAAGACGUGCAACAAUUGCUCCUCUUCACAAGACUGA